AUGAAUCGAGCUUUAUCCAUCCGGUCCCGCAAGAAGGACGACCAUGCCAAAGAAGCAUCUAGACACACCUUUUCCAUCUCGACUCUCCGCGGCAUCCACCAGGCCGAGCUCUCCAAGAAACUCUUCAAGCUGAUCAAGACCGAGAACCAUUGCAUCGAAGCCUACGAGACCGCCGGCCGUGAACGCCUAUCCAUUGCCUCGCAGCUGUCCGACUGGGGCGAAGCUACCAACGAUGAUGCCGUCUCGGACAUUUCGGACAAGAUUGGGGUCAUACUAUCGGAGAUUGGAGAGCAGGAGGAUCUGUUUGCCCAGAAUCUCGAGGACUACCGGACGAUUUUGAAGCAGAUCAGAAACAUUGAAGCCAGUGUGCAGCCUAGCAGGGAGCAGAAGAUCAAAAUCAGCGAUGAGAUCCAAAAGCUCAAGUACAAGGAACCAUCCAGCCCCAAGUUGGUCACGCUGGAGCAAGAACUGGUGCGAGCGGAAGCUCAGAACCUGGUCGCUGAAGCCCAACUUACCAACAUCACUCGUCAAAAGGUCAAGGAAGCAUACGACUUGCAUUUCGCGGCCACCAUUGAGCGAGCCGAGAAACAAAUCAUCCUGGCCAAGUACGGCCGUCGCCUCUUGAACUUGUUAGACGACACCCCCGUGGUGCCGGGAGACGUGCGCCACCCCUUUGCACAAGUUGGCGAAGCGAGACAGGUGCUCGCGGAUGCGGAGCAAGAGCUACAAAGAUGGGAACCUCAUCUCGAGCCGAUUCACUCCAAUGCUGGCGCUCUGGGAACAAAUUUGAUGCCCAUGGAUGACCGCAGCACUCGAGCCACUUCGGAGCUUCCUGACCCCGUAGCAGAUCCCGAGCCCACGGAGAAGCCGGCGGCACAAGCCCAAGGAAUACAUUUGGAGCAAGCAACCGCUUAG